GCAGUGAUGGAAGAGCAAUCAUGAAAAAAUUUGACCUAAAAGUCUCAAUUCCAUGUCGGGCUGAACGAUUUAUCGUUUUCUGAUCAAAACCGCAAUUUCUGAAAGCGCGAUCAUGUGAUCGUCAAAGCGCCGUUUUUUUUGCAGUGCCCCUGACUGACCCAGGAUCUGUUGUGUUGACUAUUUUGCGGCACAUGCCCCUACGGCCAAGCUGACCAAUCAGAAGCGACAUGCUCCUCGUGGACAGGUCACGCUAACCAAUCAGUAUUAACCUGCUCCUCGUGUUUUGAAAUGGCGUCAGCGGAACCAGAAGCGGAGUUAAUCCCCAAGAAAAGCGGCACAGCGGUCAUUUGGGAGUAUUUCGGUUACGAGGCUGCAGACAUUCACCAGAAACAGAAAAUGCUGUUAAAGAUGAUGCAAGAGUUAAACGAGCAACAGGACUUUGCAAACAGAUGGUUGGUGUCUUCUCUCAUAGCUGGAAAAAGAAGACAGCGUUGAAAAAGGCACAGCAAGAAUUACAUUUACCUGAGCACUCACUGAUUACAGAGUGGCCAACAAGAUGGGGUUCAAGGCAAAAAAUGAUUGGGAGGGUGUUGGAGCAGAGCAAGGCAUUGUCUCAGGUUCUGACUGAAGACAAGAAGAUGCGUCACCUGGUCCCCACUUGGCAGGACAUAGAUGUCCUUGAAUCCAUAAACAGUGCCCUUGGUCCUCUUCAGGAGUUCACAGAUGCUCUGUCUGGUGAAGCCUACGUAAGCGUGUCAUACCUGAAGCCAGUCCUCCAUCUCCUGAGAACAUCAAUCCUGACUGAAAAGGAUGAGGACACUGAUCUUACCAAGGAAAUAAAGUCAAGUGCUCUUGCUUACACUGAAGAUAAAUACAGCGACCCAGCCACACAGGAGCUACUGGACAUUACUUUGUUCCUUAAUCCUAGAUUCAAGACUGACUACAUAAGAGCAGAGAAUGUCCCAAAGAUCAAAGACAGAGUGAAGACUGAAAUGGAAGAGGUGGCACGAAAGGAAAAGAGGGCUCAUGUCAGCACCACAGAUGCCAUGUCCCAGGGUGCAACAGAGGCAGCGCCAUUCACCACAGGAAAGGGAAAGCGGUCACUUAGCAGCUUCUUCAAGAGCAAGGCUGUCCCUCCAUCUUCCACUUUGCAGUUGGAGGAUGCCAUUAAAGCUGAACUGGACAACUACCUGAUGACUCCAACUAUCGAUGGAGAAGAAGAUCCACUGGUCUGGUGGAGAAUGCACAAUGUUAAUUUUCCAUGGCUGUGCAAACUGGCUCGUAAAUUCCUGUGCAUACCAGCCACCAGUUCGCCGUCAGAGAGGCUGUUUAGUGCGAGUGGCAAUGUUGUCACAUGUCAACGCUCAUGUCUGAAACCAUCAAAGGUUGACAUGCUGGUUUUCUUGACCAAAAAUCUGUAAAGAGUGAUGUAGAGAUGUCAAGGAAGCAAGUGUUAUUGUCAUUUUUUGUCAUACUUGUUGGUAUUACUUUACACAUUGUGAAUAAUGCAUUGAAGCAUAAUUUGAAGAAAAUCGCAAAUCGAAUUAAAAUCGCAAUAUCUGCUGGAAAAAUCGUGAUCAGAUUUUUUCCUGAAAUCGUUCAGCCCUAAUUCCAUGGAGUUGGACAUGAGGCUGAAACA